AAUCGGCGGGCACACUGCCACACACUGCCGGACUCUUCUUCGUGAUUCAUUUCUUUGGGUGGCAGAAAAGAAAAUAUUUAUAAAAACAUGGCCAAAAACACAUCUAGCAAUGCUUUCCGUAAGAUCGACGUAGACCAAUACAACGAGGACAACUUCCGGGAGGACGACGGUGUGGACAGCGCUGCCGCAGGGCCAGACGAGAGCGAGAUCACAACACUGCUUACGCAGGGCAAGUCUGUGGAGGCCCUGCUUAGUGCCCUCCAGAACGCACCACUGCGCUGCAAGAACCAAAAUGUUAAGGACCACGCCCUAAAUAUAACACUGCGAGUGUUGCUUUCUAUCAAGUCGACACAAAUCGACCAGGCCAUUGACACCGUGGACCAGAACGACUUGAUUGAUGUGCUUAUGAAGUAUAUUUAUCGCGGAUUCGAGAUUCCCUCGGAGGGAUCUAGUGGACACCUGCUUCAGUGGCAUGAGAAAGCCUUCGCUAAAGGCGGUGUUGGCUGCAUCGUGCGAGUCUUGUCGGAUACGAACCGUGCCUAGGCGGGGCUACCUCAACCAAAGGCUUUCACUGUUUCCCUUACCAUCUGUCUUUAGUCCCUUUGCGUCGUGGAGCAUUUAUUAAAUGCCGGCUUGGAGCUGUGUAGACCAAUUCCUUCUGCCAAUUAUCGAUUUCCCGGGAAAUGAUCUGAUAGCCUUUUCAGUCAAAAAGUCGGAAUAAUGCAAAUGACAAAGUUUUCCAAAUUAGAUCUUAACUAAUAUUCAAGUAUUAAAGUUUUUAUUACGAAAUGUGA